AAUAGCAACGCAGCCAUGGAUAUCUGUUUGAACAAGAACAACUUCAGCGUCAUUGGAUUCCCACGUCAAAGAAAAGUUCCAAGCUUUCAGAAAGAGUUCUUGCUUGAAGACAAAGAACAGCUUGCCAACCACAACAGAGGAAUCGACCCUCAGCUUUUAAGUGCCCUUCCUAAAGUUGCAGAAUUAAGAAAAAUCUUCGAACCAAAGAAGGAAAAACUUUCAGAAAUGAAAAGGAAAGAAAGAAUCGCCAGGCGCCUGGAAGGCAUCGAAACCGACACCCAGCCCAUCCUCCUGCAGAGCUGCGCGGGCUUAGUGACGCAUCGGCUCCUGGAGGAGGACACGCCCAGAUACAUGCGGGCCACAGACCCUGCCAGCCCGCACAUCGGCCGAUCCAAUGAAGAGGAAGAAACUUCGGACUCUUCAUCAGAGAAGCCGACUCAAUCCAAACCCUGCUCGGAAACCUCGGGCAUCCGCGCUGACCCCCCCUAUGGUUCCAGUACCAUGAACACCCAGAGCCUUGAGUCCAAAGCUGAAAGAAUCGCCAGGUACAAAGCAGAGAGGAGGCGGCAGCUGGCAGAAAAGUACGGGCUGACCCUGGAGCCUGAGGCAGACUCGGAUUCUCCAUCUCGAUUCGCCAAGUCCAGGAGGGACCCCGAGGCAGCAGAGAGAAGGGGAGGAAAAGGUGACCGGCCAGCGGAGUCAAGCAAAGAUCAGGGCUCUGCCUACUCCAGGACAGAGGUCCCAGGGCUCAGGCCCGGCGUGGCCGAGUCCAGGGACUAUGCCGUCCACCAGAGUGACAGUGUUUCCAACACAGAGAUGCUGCUCAACGUUGAAAACCAAAGACGAGGUCCAGAGCCCGCCAGGGAGAGCUCCUCAUCCUUCCUGUUCUCCAGCGAAGUACCGCGGUCCCCAAAGCAGAUGCACGGUGUGUCUGUCCCGUCGCCAGGGCCACCGGCCUCCCCAAGCCACUCCACAGGUGACCUGUCCCUCCCCACCGAGGCUCGAGCCAGUCCCGGGAAACCCACAUAUGAGUGGUUUCUCCAGAAAGAUUCCGAAGGGGACACACCUUCUCUUAUCAACUGGCCUUCCAGAGUUAAAGUUAGAGAAAAAUUGGUGAGAGAGGAGAGCGCUCGGAGCAGCCCCGAACUCGCCUCGGAGUCCCUAACUCAGAGGAGACACCAGCCAGCGCCAGGCCAUCCGCUGGCCUUUCAGUCGGAAAACUCCGCCUUCGAGAGGGUCUCGGGCAGGGUGGCCGGCUCAGCCCGACAGCCCAUCCGAGGCUACGUCCAGCCGGCCGAUACCAUUCACACCAUCACUCUGGUGACGUCGGACACCCCCGCACACACCCCUGAGUCCGGCUGGGUGGGGCCAGCCGCCCGUGAUGUCACAGAACCUCCCGCCUCGAAGGUUCUAGAAGGCGAGCAGAGCGCUACCCCAGCUCUCCAUAUCAGUGAAUCAAAAGGAGAAGAAGAGGUGUCUUUUUCGGAAGGUCUCAAGAAAGGUGGGAAAACGCUUGUAGCUUUGGAGGAUCAUGGCCUCGGGAGAAGCCGGGAGGACCGGCCUGGAGCCAGGGACAUGAAUGAACCUGUGAGAAGCACCGUCACCUUGGAAACGGGGAACGAACCAGAAAGCCCUGUCCGCCCACCUCCCGCUCAGCACUCGCCACCGCCACCGCCGCCGCCAGAGAGGACCGGCAGGAGCGAGAUGGUGGUGUACGUGCAGAGCGAGUCUGGACCCCAAGGUCCCAAAAAGGAGGCGUCCACCAGGAAGCACAAGGUCCUCACCCGCUCCCUGUCUGACUACACGGGCCCCCCUCAGCUUCAGGCCCUGAAGGCCAAGGCCGUGGUGUCCAAGCCAGACCCAGAGCCGCAGAGGUCCAAGGCUGAGCUGGAGAUGGGCCAGCUAGACACCAAGGUCUCUGUCGCCCAGCUGCGUAACGCCUUCUUGGAGUCAGCCAGUGCCAGCAAGAAACCUGAACUCCAUCCCCGGGUUGAGAGGUCAAGCAAAGGAGUUGGCUUGCCUACCUGUGUGGAGCGGGAGAGAGGGCCCCGGAAACCGAGACGCUAUUUCUCUCCUGGUGAAAGUAGAAAGACUUCUGAGAGAUUUAGAACCCAGCCCAUAACCUCAGCAGAACGAAAGGAGACGGAUAGGUCGACGUCACAUUCAGAAAUGCCAGCUGCGGAGGAUGAAGAAAAGGUCGAUGAGCGAGCCAGGCUGAGUGUUGCUGCAAAGAGACUGCUUUUCAAGGAAAUGGAAAAAUCAUUUGAUGAGAAAAAUGUCCCAAAGCGCCGCUCUAGGAACGCGGCUGUGGAGCAAAGGCUGCGGCGUCUGCAGGACCGAUCCCACACCCAGCCCGUCACCACCGAAGAAGUGGUCAUCGCAGCCACUGAACCUCUCCCUGCUUCGCGCUCUGUGGCCACCCACCCUGUAAUGACAAGACAUCCUAGUCCCACUGUAGCUCAGAGUCCCGUGCAGCCGGCCAGAUUGCAGGCAUCUGCUCACCAAAAGGCCUUAGCCAGAGACCAGGCAAACGAGGGCAAUGAUCUUGCUGACCAGGGUGAACCUGACUCCUCCACUCUGAGCUUAGCAGAGAAGUUGGCCUUGUUUAACAAACUGUCCCAGCCGGUCUCAAAAGCCAUUUCGACGCGGAACAGAUUGGACAUGAGACAGAGGAGGAUGAACGCUCGCUAUCAAACCCAGCCGGUCACGCUUGGAGAGGUGGAGCAGGUGCAAAGUGGCAAGCUCAUCCCUUUCUCACCCACUGUGAACACAUCCGUGUCCACCGUGGCACCUACCGCCACCCCGAUGUACGCAGGGAAUCUUCGGACAAAGCCCCCAGUGGAUGACAGCUCCGUGGCCACUGAGCAGAAGUUUCCUUCUUCACUAGAAAAUUCAGACUCUCCCAUCCGAAGCAUCCUGAAAUCCCAAGCCUGGCAGCCUGCAGCCGAGGGGAGUGGGAGCAGAGGAAUGUUGAGAGAACUUGAAGAGACAGAGAACAAGGGAGUCUUGACAGGUGGAGACAGUGGUCAGGUUACAAAGUUCGGGUCUUUUGAAGAAGCAGAGCCGUCCUAUCCCAUCCUUCACAGAGUCCGGGAAGGUGACAGCCAUAAAGAGCCCAUGUAUGCUGAUCGCAGAAAGGGAAGCCUGGAGCUGGCUCAUCCUCCCAUUGCCCAGCCUGGUGAUGAACUGAAGGAAUUUUCCACUGCAAAAAGCCCUGCACAGGGCAGUGCUGACUGGAAGGACAGGCAGCUCUUUGAAGAGAAGGUGGACAUAGAGAAUGUCACAAAGAGGAAGUUUUCGCUGAGAGCGGCAGAGUUUGGGGAGUCCCCUUCUGAGCAGAGGGGCGCAGCUACCGGGAAACCGGUUGCUCCAACUGCAACCCCCACGUCCUGGAAGCAACAGGAUCUCUCAGAACAGCCGCAGGAGAAGCACCAUCGGAGUCCCUGCGCGAUGUUUGCUGCUGGAGAGAUCAAAGCCCCAGCGGUGGAGGGGAUCCUGGACUCGCCCAGCAAAACCAUGUCCAUUAAAGAAAGAUUAGCACUGUUGAAGAAGAGUGGUGAGGAAGAUUGGAGAAACCGACUUACCAGGAAGCAGGAGUAUGGCAAGGCGUCUGUCACCAGCAGCCUGCACAUCCAAGAAACGGAACAGUCACUCAAGAAGAAGGAAGAAGGAGGAUUUACAGAUGAUAAUGCCAUUUCUAAUCUGCUUUGGGAACCUGUAUAUGCUUCUACUUAUUCUCCUGCUAUACCUGCUGCCCAUAAAUACCUGUCUUUUGUUUCUAUUAAUCAGCGGGUCACAGAAAGUCGAGAGAGUCAGAUGACCAUCGAAGAGAGAAAGCACCUCAUCACCGGGAGAGAAGACGCCUGGAAGGCCCGGGGCAAAGGGGCUGCCAACGAUUCCACCCAGUUUACCGUGGCUGGCAGGAUGGUGAAACGAGGUCUGGCAUCCCCCACCGCCAUCACCCCAGUAGCCUCCCCUAUUUGCAGUAAGCCGAGGGGCACGACGCCAGUUUCCAAACCCCUGGAAGAUAUCGAAGCCAGACCAGACAUGCAGUUGGAAUCGGACCUCAAGUUGGACAGGCUGGAAACCUUUCUAAGAAGGUUGAAUAACAAAGUUGGUGGGAUGCAAGAAACGGUCCUCACGGUCACGGGCCAGUCUGUGAAAGAGGUGAUGAAGCCGGAUGAUGACGAAACCUUUGCCAAGUUUUACCGCAGCAUGGAUUCUGCUGUCCCGAGAAGCCCCGUGGAGCUGGACGAGGACUUCGAUGUCAUUUUUGAUCCUUAUGCCCCCAAGUUGACCUCCUCAGUGGCUGAGCACAAGCGUGCCGUGAGGCCCAAGCGUCGGGUCCAGGCUUCCAAAAACCCCCUGAAAAUGCUGGCCGCAAGAGAAGACCUCCUCCAGGAAUACACCGAGCAGAGGUUGAACGUGGCCUUCGUGGAAUCAAAGCGGAUGAAAGUAGAGAAGAUGUCCUCCAACUCCAACUUCUCCGAGGUCACCCUGGCGGGUUUAGCCAGCAAAGAAAACUUCAGCAGCGUCAGCCUGCGAAGCGUCAACCUGACAGAACAAAACUCCAACAACAGUGCUGUGCCCUACAAGAAGCUCAUGUUGUUACAGAUUAAAGGACGAAGACACGUGCAGACCAGGCUGGUGGAGCCUCGUGCCUCCUCCCUCAACAGCGGGGACUGCUUCCUCCUGCUCUCCCCCCACCACUGCUUCCUGUGGGCGGGAGAGUUUGCCAACGUCAUAGAGAAGGCCAAGGCCUCGGAACUCGCAACUUUAAUCCAGACCAAGCGGGAACUUGGGUGUAGAGCUACUUACAUCCAAACCAUUGAAGAAGGCAUUAAUACACACACGCAUGCAGCCAAAGACUUCUGGAAGCUCCUGGGUGGCCAAACCAGUUACCAGACUGCUGGAGACCCCAAGGAAGAUGAGCUGUACGAAACAGCCAUAAUAGAAACCAACUGCAUUUACCGUCUGAUGGAUGACAAACUCGUUCCUGACGACGACUACUGGGGGAAGAUUCCCAAGUGCUCCCUCCUGCAGUCUAAAGAGGUACUGGUGUUUGAUUUUGGGAGCGAAGUUUACGUGUGGCAUGGGAAAGAAGUCACAUUAGCACAGCGGAAAAUAGCCUUUCAGCUGGCAAAGCACUUGUGGAAUGGGACCUUUGACUACGAGAAUUGUGACAUCAACCCACUGGAUCCUGGAGAAUGCAACCCGCUCAUUCCCAGAAAAGGACAGGGGCGGCCUGAUUGGGCCAUCUUUGGGAGACUUACAGAACACAAUGAGACGAUUCUGUUCAAAGAGAAAUUUCUCGAUUGGACGGAGCUGAAGAGACCUAACGAGAAGAAUGCAGGCGAACUUGCCCAGCAGAAGGACGAUCCGAGGGCGGAGGUCAAGCCUUACGACGUGACGCGGAUGGUGCCGCCGCCUCCCCAGACGACGGCGGGCACCGUGCUGGACGGGGUCAACGUGGGGCGGGGCUACGGCCUGGUGAAAGGAGACGACCAGAGGCAGUUUGAGAUUGCCAGCGUGUCCGUGGACGUCUGGCACAUCCUGGAAUUCGACUACAGCCGGCUACCCAAACAGAGCAUCGGCCAGUUCCACGAGGGGGACGCCUAUGUGGUCAAGUGGAAGUUCACCGUGAGCACAGCAGUGGGAAGUCGGCAGAGGGGGGAGCAUUCGGUCAGGGUGGCCGGCAAAGAGAAGUGUGUCUACUUCUUCUGGCAAGGCCGGCAGUCGACUGUGAGCGAGAAGGGCACAUCGGCUCUGAUGACAGUGGAGCUGGACGAAGAAAGGGGAGCCCAGGUCCAGGUUCUCCAGGGAAAGGAGCCCCCGUGUUUCCUGCAGUGUUUCCAGGGGGGCAUGGUGGUGCACUCUGGGAGACGGGAGGAGGAGGAAGAAAACACACAAAGCGAGUGGAGGUUGUACUGUGUGCGUGGAGAGGUGCCCAUUGAGGGCAACUUGCUGGAGGUGGCCUGUCACUGCAGCAGCCUGAGGUCCAGGACAUCCAUGGUUGUCCUCAACGUCCAUAAAGCCCUCAUCUACCUGUGGCACGGAUGCAAAGCCCAGGCCCACACGAAGGAGGUCGGAAGGACUGCGGCAAAUAAAAUCAAGGAACAAUGUCCCCUAGAGGCAGGGCUGCACAGUAGCAGCAAAGUGACAAUUCACGAAUGUGACGAAGGGUCAGAGCCCUUGGGGUUCUGGGAUGCAUUGGGGCGGAGAGACCGGAAAGCCUACGACUGCAUGCUUCAAGAUCCUGGAAAUUUUAACUUCACACCCCGCCUGUUCAUCCUCAGCAGCUCUUCUGGUGAUUUCUCAGCCACGGAGUUCAUGUACCCUGCCCGAGACCCCUCUGUGGUCAAUUCCAUGCCCUUCUUGCAGGAAGACCUGUACAGCGCCCCCCAGCCAGCACUUUUCCUCGUGGACAAUCACCACGAGGUGUACCUCUGGCAAGGCUGGUGGCCCAUCGAGAACAAGAUCACCGGCUCCGCCCGCAUCCGCUGGGCUUCCGACCGGAAGAGCGCCAUGGAGACGGUGCUGCAGUACUGCCGAGGAAAAAACAUCAAGAAGCCGCCCCCCAAGUCUUACCUCAUCCACGCUGGUCUAGAACCCCUGACCUUCACCAACAUGUUUCCCAGCUGGGAGCACAGAGAAGACAUCGCAGAAAUCACGGAAAUGGACACGGAAGUUUCUAACCAGAUCACCCUGGUGGAGGAUGUCCUGGCCAAGCUCUGUAAGACCAUCUACCCCCUGGCCGACCUUCUGGCCAGGCCACUGCCCGAGGGGGUUGAUCCUCUGAAGCUGGAGAUUUAUCUCACAGAUGAAGACUUUGAGUUUGCACUAGACAUGACCCGAGAGGAAUACAGUGCACUGCCCGCCUGGAAGCAGGUGAACCUGAAGAAAGCAAAAGGUCUGUUCUGAGUGACGAGAGAUGCUGGCGGAACCCCAUGGUCACGUUCCACUGGGCCAGGAUGUUUUGCAGAGCUGGGGAGGGAGGGGUCAGUCUUUUAAAAAAAGAUUUUUUUUUUUUUCAUCGGCGUCUUCAAAACAUGAAGUGACCAGCUCUCCUGCUUGUUUGGGAGUUGUGUAUUUUGUAAAUGUUUCUGAGAACUCUUUGGAUCCACUGUUUUCCACGAUUCAGCAGGCGAUGUUCCUACGGUACCCGAGUCCCUCUGUGCACUUAAGCAGCAGGUCCUUGGCUGUGGCCGUGACCCUGCCCUCCUGCUCCAGGGAAGCGUUGCCUCAUUUUUUUUUUGGUUUUUUUUGGAAGCGGUUCUCUUUAUAAAGUGUUAUUUUGAUAGUUUGUGGAUUCUAAAAUAUAUAUAUAUUUAUAUAAACACCAUAUAAAUCAAAUAUGUAUUUAACGAAGCAAUAUGUAUUCAUUCACUUUUAAGAUUUUUUUUUUUUUUUUUGGUGUCAAAAGAAUAGUAAAAGGUAGCUGGAGUUGCUUCUAUGGAGUUAGUUCUGCCACCGAGGUGGACUUUCACAUGUGUUCAGAAGCAUCUCCUUCGCAUUAAGCCUGACUCGUUCUGAGUACUACUUGCGGUGCUAAGGUGAACAAAGAAUUUACAUGUCCUGACACAGGCUCACAAGACCCUGUGUGAGGCCACCUUGCUUCCUUACUGUGCCCUGCCCCAAAUGUAUAGUGCCUUGUUUUAUGUACAGUUUCUAUACAGAAAAGUUGGCUCUGCAUUUUUUGACGAUGGUUUGAAACAUUACCAUUUUACUCUAAAAUAGUAGAAAUUUAAAAAAAAGAAAAACCUCAAUUUCUCAUACCUGUUGUACACAUGAAACGUGUCAUUUGGCGCUGGAGGACUCCAAAAUAAAAGCUUCAGAAUAAACACGA